AUGGGGAAGAAGGGCAAGGGAACCGGCUCUUUCGGUAAGCGCCGCAACAAGACGCACACUCUGUGCCGUCACCAGUGGGGCCAGAAGGCCAUCCGGCGGAAGACCACCGGCACCGGCCGCAUGAGCUACCUCAAGGACCUGCCCCGCCGCUUCAAGAACGGCUUCCGCGAGGGCACCGAGGCCAAGCCCAAGGCUGUCGCCGCGGCCUAA